CACGCCAUCACGCACAAUCUUCCAUUUCUUUCUCUUCUCUCUCUCUCUCUCUCUCCCCCCCACCUCUCCCUCUGCAUUCUCUCGUCAACGGUCCGUUCGGCUGUAGUUUUCCUCACCUUACCGGUCUUGCUAUAUUCUAUUAUUGCCCAACCAUCUGUCGACCAAACAUUGGCCGAACGGGUGACGGAUUCUUAGCCUCGUCGGUCUGGUUCUGGUUCGGCUCCGCUCUGUGCCGGAACCACCAGCCGUCAGCCUUUUCCACCCACUCUCUCUCUCUCUCCCUCUCUCUCCUCCCACACAAACUCCCAAUUCCGUUUGCUCUUCCCGUCCUCUCUCCCCCCCCCCAACCUCCGCCACACAAGGGGAAAAAUAAUAACGACAAGCCAAUCUUCUUCUCAUGGGACGCGGCUUGUCACCUCCCAUUGUUUUCGAUCAAACUCUCGCCCUCGUUUGCCUGGCCCGCGUUGUAGUCCUCCAGGAUGCGGUGGCGGCUGCCUGGCGCCCGUACGACCCUCCCCGCCAGCGUCGCACUUCUUCUGCUCCCCGUUCUCGUCGCUCCGCAGCAGCUGCAUGAACGCCAUGACCGUCCGUCCGCCGUGUCCGUCCCCCUCGAUCCGACCGGUCAUCUCCCCGAAAGUCACCCCCCUCCGACGUUGAACGUGAAGUCCAACGAUGCGAGCGCCCUAGCAACUCUGGCUCUGGCGGGCUCCGGCCGCGCCGUCCGAGCCCCUCCUGCCCAGGUCAGCAGUCCUUCUGCCGGCCUGGCUCCGCAGCUCCAUGCGCGGUCCUUGCAGGACUGGGAGGUUGAGGAUUUUGUUCUGCUGGCGACCGUCGACGGUUCCAUUCACGCCCGAGACCGCAAAUCCGGUACUGCCCGUUGGGCCCUCGAGGUCCCCAGUAGCCCCAUGGUCGAGAGCAUCUAUCAUCGCCAAAACCGGUCCAGCUUCGACCGCUCCCAGCCCCAGGAUGAUUUCAUAUGGAUCGUCGAGCCCAGCCAAGGAGGGAGCAUAUUUAUCUACAGCCCCGGCCCCGACGCCGGCUUGCAGAAGCUCGGCCUGUCCGUCAAGGAGCUGGUGGACGAGACCCCUUAUUCGGGAACCGAGCCUGCUGUCACCUACACGGCGCGGAAAGAAACCACCCUCUACACCAUCGACGCCCGCACCGGUACCAUAUUGCGAGUCUUCAGCUCCCGCGGCCCGAUGCCCGCAGGCCCGGAGUGUCGCAAGGUGGACGGCCUUGACGCCGACCCCGAAGAAUGCGAAUCUCCCUCCGGCACCUUGGUCCUGGGCCGCAUCGAAUACGCGGUGGCCAUUCAAAAUACCGAAACCGGGGAUCCCAUCUGCACUCUGAAGUACUCGGAGUGGUCGGCCAACAAUCGUGACAUGGACCUCCAGAGUCAAUAUUUUCGGACGAUGGACCAGAGCCAUGUCUACAGUAUGCAUGACGGGGUGGUGCUCGGUUUCGACCAUUCUCGAAUGGAGCGGCCCCGAUACACGCAGCGUUUCUCCUCGCCGGUGGUGCGCGUGUUCGAUGUCGCCCGCCCGAUCAACGUCGACUCCCCCGAGACCGCCACGCCGCUGGUGCUCCUGUCCCAGCCCCUGCAGCCUCCGGACCCCGACUACGGCUCUCUGGAUGACCGAGACACCCGCGUCUUCAUCGACUGCACGGAUGCGGGGGGCUGGUAUGCCAUGUCCGAAGAGACUUAUCCCCUGGUGACUGGACGGGCCAAGAUGGCGCAGUGCUAUGAAAAGGAUUAUUUUCGCCGUGGCCAACCCCUGACGAGCCUGUCCUCGAAUCAGCAACGCGAUGCCUUGACCGGGGUUCAUUCGCUCAAUGGCCCCCGCAUCGUUCGACCUCAUAUCCCCAGUAUCUCGGGCUCGUCGGGGGAGCGCUCCAACGACACGCCGCGCGACCUGAUCCGCAAUCCGUCCGAGCUGGCCCUGCCCCCGGCCUUGCGUCACAGUGCCAUUAUCCGCAAGAGCUGGGACAACGUUGUGGACAUCUUUGUGACCAUGUUGCUCUUGUUUUUCGGCGCCUUCAUCUACCUCAAUUCUCACCACAUCCAGGAGCUGGCGAAGCAGAAAUUGGAUCUCAAGAACAUCAUCUCUUCAUACGGACAGCCAUCCAUAUCCACCCCGUCUACCCCCAUUAUUAGCAGCAGUCCGUUCAAAAGCGACAGGAGUCCUGCUCGACCGGUGCCUAACGUAACCGUCGAUGUCAACGUGCCGGAGGAGCAACAAAGCGGCGGCGAUACCACGCCCAAGCCGAGCAAAGAUCGCAACCUCCUGGCGGCUGACACCACCCCUCGCGUCCGGAUCAGGGAGCCCUCGCGAGGUCCCGACGGCGAUGAGGAUGUAGAUGAUCUAACACUGGACGACGCCGACAAACCCAAGAAAAGACGCCAACGGGGUCGUCGCGCUGGCCGAAACCAUCGACGAGGGAAGAAACCGAGUGCCGACGGGGACGCAAGGGAAUCGGCCGAUCGGGCCGGGGAUGAAACGAAUAACAACCUUCACCCUCCUCGGUCGGAGGCGGACACUCCGUUGACUCGCACCGUUUCCAAUGAAGUCGUCGAGAUGGACGGCGUUCUCCAGAUCGGUCGGCUGAAGGUCUUCACCGACGUUGUGCUGGGCCACGGGAGUCAUGGCACCGUGGUGUAUCGCGGGUCGUUUGACGGACGCGAUGUUGCGGUCAAGCGGAUGUUGGUUGAGUUCUACGAUAUCGCGUCUCACGAGGUCGGCCUACUCCAAGAAAGCGACGACCACAACAACGUCAUUCGUUACUUCUGUCGGGAGCAGGCGACCGGGUUUCUCUACAUCGCCCUGGAGCUAUGUCCCGCGUCCCUGCAGGAUGUCGUCGAGCGGCCGUCCGACUAUCCGCAGCUGGUGCAGGGUGGAUUGGAUAUGCCGGACGUCUUGCGCCAGAUCGUAUACGGCGUCCGCUACCUUCACUCCCUCAAGAUCGUCCACCGAGACCUGAAGCCGCAGAACAUCCUUGUGGCGAUGCCUCGCGGGCGCACGGGAUCUCGUCUCCUGCGACUGUUGAUUUCGGAUUUCGGUCUAUGUAAGAAGCUCGAGGACAACCAGAGCUCAUUCCGGGCCACCACGGCUCAUGCCGCGGGGACGUCUGGCUGGCGAGCUCCCGAACUCCUGGUGGACGAUGACAAGGCCCCAUCCGCCCACAGUGUCGACUCUCAGCACACCGAAUCCUCGGAGCCGGCGGUGGUGGAUCCGCAAACCAACCGACGAGCCACUCGGGCCAUCGACAUCUUCUCCUUGGGCUGUGUGUUCUACUACGUGCUGACCAGGGGCAGUCAUCCGUUUGACAAGAACGGGAAAUUCAUGCGGGAAGCGAACAUCGUCAAGGGUAACUUCAAUCUCGAUGAGCUGCAGCGCCUGGGUGAUUACGCCUUUGAGGCCCACGACCUGAUCCAAUCCAUGCUGGCCCUGGAUCCUCGCAGACGGCCGGAUGCCAGUGCCGUCUUGACCCAUCCGUUUUUCUGGCCUCCCUCGGAGCGGCUCAGCUUCCUCUGCGACGUAUCCGAUCACUUCGAGUUCGAGCCGCGGGAUCCGCCCUCCGAUGCGCUUCUCUGCCUGGAAUCGGUGGCGGCACAAGUGAUGGGACCGGACGUGGACUUUCUGCGCCUGCUGCCCAAGGAAUUCAAGGAUAACCUGGGCAAGCAACGCAAGUACACCGGGUCGAAGAUGCUGGACCUGUUGCGAGCUCUGCGGAACAAGCGCAACCACUACAACGACAUGCCCGACCACCUCAAGGCCUUCAUCGGCGGCCUUCCGGAAGGGUACUUGAACUUCUGGACGGUGCGGUUCCCCAGUCUGUUGAUGAGUUGUCACGCCGUCGUUGUGGAUUUGCGACUGACGCGAAGCGACCGGUUCAAGCGGUACUUUACCGUGCCCGAAUGAUUGGGCGGGGGUUGAUAUUUUGGGGGUGG